UAGCAGCAAAUUUGUUUGGUGAAUGCAAUUUUGUCUUCGUCUUGAAGGAAACGUGUUGUUUGCGGAUGUUUACGUGUGGUGGUUGAGAUUUGUGACAGAGGACAAUUAACAAAGCGUUUUAAGAUCCGAUUAUUAUUUUACCAUUUUGUAAUGGACGAUUGAUUGUGUUUAAGGUCCGUGGGUGUGUAUCCCCAUGAAGCAAAAGCGUACUUCACAGCUCCAUUUGUAGUCGGGUACACUUCUUCAGUACUGCAUGCUGCAAACACAAACCCAACACCAGCACCAGCUUGUUUGGCAUGAAUGCAAAUAGCGGGUUUCAGUUGAGCGGAGAUUAGGCGACGUUUUGAAAACAGCUUUGACAGGGCAUAGGCAUAGGGGAAAUGAAACAGCGCCUGGACAUAAGCCUGUCGGCGUCGUUCUUUAAAGACGAGCUGGCCUCCACUAUCGAGCACGCCGUGAAGGGCGCCGUGGAGAUCGUGGUCUUGGAGAUCACCAAAUUGGUCGGUGGGAAGUUCGCUGACUUUCGCAUCCAGCUGGCCGAAAAGGAGCAGGAGAACGAAAACCUGAGACUGCGACUGGAGAUCUCCGAGAACGAACUAAAGGCUGCGCGGCAGCACAAGGAGAGGUCGACACCGGGGAACCACAGUUCGAGGAGUAGCAACAGCAGAGAUGGGGCCCUUGCUUUACAGCCUUUUUCAGAGCAAAACCCCAAACUGAGUCCUGCCGAAACAACAGUGUCUGUUUUUAGUGACGAGGUAGACGCGGACUCAGCCGGAGUGGACGAGACCAUCUGCCUGGAUUCGCCGGUGUCCAGUCCUUCAGGUUUUGGCAGAUCCACGGAAAAAGAAUUCCAGGAGGGGAAAGUGAGUGACUUUGAGGAUCUGACGGAUUCCAACCAGGAGCUGGACAUUAGAGUGCAGGACUCUGAACAGAUAGUAGCAGCAUGCAUCGAUGAAUGGGGUAGAGCCAUUAAAGGUACUGGAGGAGGAGGCGGAUCCCCCACACAACAGACACUUAAUUUGUCAUCAUUGUGCAUUCCAGGAGAUGUUUCUAAUCGUCACUGUCAGCGGAAUUUAAAUCAAAUUACUGAGCUAAGCACUUAUAACGAUGAACUGACCGCCAAUCAAAGCAAAGAAACUGAAUGUAAUCAGAUUAAAAAAGAAUUUUUGAAUCCAGAAUCCAUUCCCUCUGACACAAAACCACAGAAACUAGAGCCAAUGUGCAUUAAAGAGGAGGCAAGUGACCUUGAAACUGUCCACAUUAAAAAAGAACUCUUGGAUCUAGAGCCGCCUUUUACAGGAAUGAGCUCAGCAAUCCAAAAUGGAAAUUCAAGUAUUACGUGCCUGCAGUCACCUAGCAUGGAGAAUACAUAUCAUCACAUUAGAGAGAGAACCGAGGAAGAUCCAUCAAGUGCAUUAAUGAUAGACAACAUGAUUCCAUCAACCAGCAGUGGAACAUUGACCUCUGAAGAGAAGGACAUCCAGAAUACCACAUCUUUUUACAAUGCCUCUUCCAGAAUUGAACGACGUAGGAAGGUGUGUCUGAAGAAUGGUCAGGAGCAUUUUGUGAGGAAAUUGAAAACUCGGUCAGCAGAUAUCAACAGCCCAUUCCAAUCCACCAUGAAAGUGCCACUUUCCUUUAUGACCUCAUCAAAUGCACAUGUACCAUACGUUAAUAGUUCGGAAAUACCGGCAAGUCUGAAUGACUUACAGCUAAAUGCAGAUAUUGGAAGAGAUUUUCAUUUGCUUUCCACAGGGAAACCCAACCAACGAAUGCAUUCAGACGAAAAACUUUACUGUUGUCUAGAAUGUGGAAAAACUUUUUCCCACUCUGGAACUUUUAAACAACACCAGCGUAUUCAUACUGGCGAAAAACCAUUUCGGUGCUCUGAUUGUGGGAAAUACUUCCGUCACUCAGGGACUUGCAAACGACACCAGCGAAUUCACACGGGAGAAACUCCUUACAGCUGCACUACCUGUGGGAAAAUGUUCCGUGAUUCUGGAACAUAUAAAAGACACCUGCGGAUCCAUACAGGAGAAAUGCCUUAUUUCUGCAUGGAAUGUGGAACAGGAUUUAGGAGCCCUGGAGCUUUGGCUGUACAUCAGAGGACUCACAGUGGGGAAAAUGUUAUGUUACAGACUGUGGCAAACUCUUACUAAAACAUAACCACUGCAGCUUUAGACACUACCACAAAUACAGGGCAGUAGUCAAGAAACUGAAAGCCUGGAGUUUGUAAAAAGAACUUCUGUUGAUUUGGUUUUGAUAUUUGUUUUGUGUUUUCAAUGUAGGUGUGUUAUUAUGUUUUUUCACAUGUACACUUAUGUGAAUAGGGGUUUUAAAUCAAUUUUAACAAUUUUAAUGUGAUCUGACACUUUUGACUGUGAUCAUUAAUUUCAUAUAAUUUAACCAGCAUUAUGGCAUAUUCAGUGUAAAGGCUAUGUACUUAGAUGGCUUGAACAAAGAAGUUAUUUACAGUAUGUUCACUAGAUACCUUGGUGAAUUCCUCUUUGAGUGCUAAAACUUGCUGUAACCUGGAGGCACUGGUUUAUUACAGGUGGAGCUCCAUUCACUAGAUGUUUCCUAAAUAAACCUGUAAAUGUAUAUAAUUAUGUGCAGUCUUACAAAUUAUUUGAAACAAGUCCAUUAUAAUUUCAGAUGCUUUCUUAAUUAUUGAGUUGAAUCAAUAAGUAUAUGACAUAGUUUUCAGGAGUAGGACUUAAAAUGCUUUUUUGAAUUUUGUUACACUUUAUUUAUAAACACAUUUCUCUUUUGAUCAUUUCACAUUACAUUAUAACACAACUGUUUGAGUAACA